UAAAGAGUGAACCGUGAAGACAGUGUUGAAGCAGAGCGGACCCGCCGUGAAAGAAGCCAGUUUCAGGUGCAUUGACUUAUAUUACUCAUGGCGGGAUUCCAGGUGGGUUAUGAUCCAGAUCGUUUCAUUUCACCAGUUGAUGAAGAUUUCCUCUGUCAGAUUUGUCGCUUUGUGUUGAAUGAUGUACGAUUGUGUAAAGACGAACAUUGUUUUUGUUUAUGUUGUAUAUCACAACACCUUCAAUUAUCAUCAACAUGCCCAGUGUGUCGACAAAUUCUCACUCCAGAAACUUUGAGAUCUCCCCAAAGAUUUAUGAGGAAUCUUUUAUCAGAGCUGAGAAUCAGGUGUAAAUACAUCAAUCGAGGGUGUCCUGAAGUAACUGCACUUGGAAAUCUACAAAAUCACGAAAGUGUUUGUGAAUACCGUCCAGUAACAUGUGGAAACUGUCACCUUGAAGUAAAUGCAAGAGAUGCAGGCAACCACUCUUUUAAUAAAUGCCGAGGUUUUGUAAAUCUUGAAUCACAUCAAGUAAAAGUGGAUGAUGAUUUAAUUUUUAUCAGAGAAAAACUAAGAGAAUUCAACUUGAAACAAAACGAACUGAAAGAAAAUCACGAUUUACAAAGGCAGGAAGUAAACGAAGUCAGCAAGUGCUGUAAAACUUACACGAAUAUGAUUCAAGAUGAAAUGGCAGGAAUGCACGAGGAAGUAAAUAAAAUUAAGGAAAACGUCAACGAAUUGGGAUCAAUACAACAUAUAUGCCGUGAAAUGGCAGAAAAACAUGAUCGCUUUAAGGAUGAGUUGAAAGAUCAGAUCUGUGAAAUGGCAAGAAGACAAGAUCAAAUGGAGGAACGUUUGUACAGUAUGAAUCAAAUCCAAACAAAUAUAAGCUGCAAAGUAGAUAAAAUAGAGUCGAUGAUGGUUCAACAUCAGGAGUUGAUGAGUGCAGGAGAUCGUGAAAAACAGACGAGAAAUGACGCUCAAAACAAUGCUCAAGUGAUGGAUUUCAUUCCCAUUUUAGAAGCAUGACAUUCCACCUUGAGUUCUUUUUACUUCCACAUUUUCAGUCCUCUCCAGCUUACGUGAGUAAUUUUCGAAUGCCAUACUAUGUGAAGGAACUAAAACGAUAAUUGGAGGGGGUUGUUUAUUCGUAUAGUUCAGUUCUGCCCGACGAAUUUCUUUGUAAGAACUGAAUAUAUUAAUACCCCCCCCCCCCAAAUUAUCGUCCUAGUAUCGGUCGUGGUGAGAAAAAGUAUUGUUGACAAGACUAAGUGCAGUUGACAACCCAAAUGUUGACAUCAUCUUCGUGAAGUAUCAAUAUGGAUGUGUUACAAAAAUGAGAUCCUUAUUAUUACAAGCUAUCCUGGCGGUGGGUGAAGAUCGAACUGACCAGAGAGACGAAAUAAUAAUACCUUUUGGGUUUAUAAUAUUCAGAUUUUAUUUCUUCUUGUUUCAUAUGAUUAUAUAAUGGGGUGGAUGCGCAUCCCCUCCCCUAGCCUAGUACAGGAGAUGUGCGGAGGAAUUAAAAUUUUGGGGGGGUUCACUUAAUAACUAAAUAUCUAAAACUUGGGUAGUGGUGGAUUCAGGGUAAGUCAAAAUAAAAGACACAGCCUAAUUUCAAAUUCAAAAUACCUUAAUAACAGCGCCAUUUGGUUAUUCAUUUCUAAGAAUUCGUUUAUUAAUAGUCUAAGUUGGAGCUCUAGCAAUUUGUUUUGACUUACCUUGGAUUUGCCACUAAACUGGGGGUAAAACUUGUUGCUGUUGUUGUUACAAUGGAAGUGUUGAUUAGAAUAAA